GUUGAUUUCUGGCAGCCACGUGGGUGGGACGUCUUCGCUCCUCGAUCGUUUCCCGCGAAAAUUUACGCGCCCGCAAUAUAUUUGGUGCCGCUGUAACAACUGAAGGGACGAUACGUUUUGCUUGUAUAUUUGAUGUUAUGUUAAUGUGCGACGAUCUGUCAGUGUGUAUUAUUUGAUCGUGAGAGCUAACAGUGAUAUUUAAUUGAACUUGUAUUUUUGUGCAAGGAUUUAUCUCGUGAUCGCAUCACAAUAUCAAGUACAUAUUUAUUUGAUCACUAGCUGCUCUCCGCGGUUUCACCCGCGUAGUGUAAACAGUGCUUCAAUGCCCCCGUACCAAGUGUGAGUUCACGUGAAUGCGGUAACGGGCGGCGAGCUGGCGUGGUACGGGGCCGGCGGGGGGGCGAUGCAGGCGGGCGGCGGUUGGUUCGUGCCGUGGACGAUGGGUGUGCAGAAGUUCGCGGUGGCGCUGCCGAUGGGCGGCGUGGUGCCGUUGGUGCCGCCGCUGCUGGCCGCGUUGCCGCCCGCGCCGCCGCCGCUGCGACUGAUCGCGCCGCCCCUGCCGCACCAAGCGGCCAGGAAGAGCGAAAAGGACAAUGGAAAGAAUUGUAUUCUUUCCUGCGAGAAGCGGAAAGCCGAUGACACCGACAUUAAUAAGGACUUGAAAAAGGCUAAGCUCGAGACAAAGGCGCUUAAAGCAAAAAGACCGGGUUUCACUGACGACAGGUACAACGAAACGUCGUACUAUAUUGAGAAUGGUCUCAGGAAAGUGUACCCCUACUAUUUCACAUUUACCACUUUCACGAAAGGGAGAUGGGUCGGCGAGAAGAUACUAGACGUGUUCGCCAGAGAGUUCAGGGCGCACCCGGCCGCCGAAUACGAAAGGUGCAUCAGGGCUGGCACCCUCACGGUGAACUACGAAAGAGUCGAUCCGGACUAUAGGCUUAAACACAACGACCUACUCGCUAACGUCGUCCAUAGGCACGAAGUUCCUGUGACCAGCCAACCGAUCACCCUCGUACAUAUCGACGAGGACAUAGUGGUUGUCAACAAACCAGCCUCUAUUCCCGUGCACCCGUGCGGCCGAUACCGUCACAACACUGUUGUGUUCAUUCUCGCAAAGGAGUACAACUUGAAGAAUCUGAGGACCAUUCACAGGCUGGACAGGUUGACGUCAGGCCUCUUGUUAUUCGGGAGAAGUCCAAAGAAGGCGAGACAAAUGGAACACCAGAUCAGGAACCGGCAAGUGCAGAAGGAAUAUGUUUGCAGGGUAGACGGGGAGUUCCCGGAUGACGAGAUCGAGUGCACGGAGCCAAUAGAGGUGGUCAGCUAUAAGAUUGGCGUGUGCAAAGUGUCCCCCAAGGGCAAGGACUGCUCCACGGUGUUCAAGAGGCUGGGGUACAAUACACGCACCAACACCAGCGUCGUGCUGUGCCGGCCGAAGACAGGCAGGAUGCAUCAGAUCAGAGUACACUUGCAGUAUUUGGGGUAUCCAGUGGUAAACGACCCCCUAUACAACCAUCCGGUAUUCGGUCCGCUACGGGGCAAGGGUGGCGAUACGGGCGGCAAGUCAGAUGAGGAGCUGGUCAGAGAUCUGAUCGCGAUACACAACGCUGAGAACUGGCUCGGCGUGGACGCGGGGGACGAUGAUAUGCUGUUUUCGAAACCGGCCGCUGAUGAUAAAGUUGGCGAAGACGAAUGCGACACCGGACCAGCGUCUCGAGAGUCAUCUCCGAGACUAGAGUCUCCGGCCCCCGGCUUGACGCCAGCUACUGUUAUGACGCCGACGCUGGCGAGUCCGUCGAGCGGCGCGGAGGCGCCGGCCGACGCGUGCGCGCACUCGCCGCACAACAACGACGACUCUAAUGACAAGUCGGACAAAGUCACAGUGGCCACACAGACCGGGUGCAGUCCCGCGACCCAAGUGGGCCCCGCUGGAGCUCCAGGAGCCACGGGGUCCACAGCGGCCCCAGCUCCGGGGACCGCGGAGCCUGCUGCGGACCCGCACUGCUACGAGUGCCGCGUGAGGUACAGGGACCCAAGACCGAGGGACUUGAUUAUGUACCUACACGCUUGGAAGUAUAAGGGACCAGGUUGGGAAUACGAGACGGAGCUUCCACAGUGGGCGAACGUGGAGUGGGAGGAGCAGGAUAGUUCAUAGUUACAGCAACUGCCGCCACUGAGGACGCGCCUCCUAACACUCAUCGCAUCUCAUACACUGAAUACAUCCAACUGACUGAUAGACACAUUGGUGAUAGCAAAGAUCCUGAAGAAAUUACAGGUGAUACCAACAUUUCGGAUCUUAAUACACAUAUAAAUAGAGUCGAUUUUGAAGUUGUUAAUGAAUUUGAUAAUGACAAACAAACGGUUGACGAUACUGAAUGUGAUGCGAAUGUCGAUAAAGAGUAACGCGACCUUAGUGGAGUUGAAGCAGAUACCGAUAAUCAUCUUGGCUGUUAUAAUGUUGCAGACGUAAGUUUUGUAAUUAACGUAAGGUAGAUGUAAGGAUACCCUUUUCGUUUUGGUGAGUUAUUUGCACGUUCUGAUUGUUUUCACUCCUAAAUUUUGUGGACGUUUUCUCUCUUAACGUUUACUUAAGGUUUAUUUAUGGUUUAAUCCGUUGAGUUCCUAUGUUAUGUCGGGCCUAAAUAUUUCGUCAAGCUUAUUGUGUAGAUAUAGUAAUUGUAAUUUUGUAAAAAAAUAUCAGUAAUAUUUUAAUAGAUCGCUUUAAUAUAGCAGGGUGUUAAUGGAUACACAGACACGAGUGUAAGAUCGUCACAGCUAUCGUAUUUUUUAUAGAGUAUUGUUUUGAUCCCGUCUCCUUCGAGUUGGACGUUGUUAUUUUUCAAAAUUACUUUUUGUUUGAUGAAAUCUGGACCACUGUUAAAAUUUCGUAGUGAAUAUAAUGAUUAAAAUAUGACCACUGUUUAAACAAGAAUAACAUCUAAAUAAGAUUGUUAGGUAAUUAUGAUUAAUAUGAAAGCGUUGAAUAUGUAAAAUAAAAAUGUUCGUCACUUUGGCUUCCAUAGUGUUUGAGUAGUGAAACAAUUUGUAAAUAUUUGAAAAAUUCAAAAGAUUUUUGUACUUUAGUAAAUGUUUUAGAUAUCAACAUUUUUAUCGGAUUCUUUAUUAUUUGCGUCCUUUGUUCCGUUCUCUUCAUUAGCCCGUUUCUGUUUAGCAUUCAUUUUUUAUUUUAUCUCAAAGACGGCGUUAUUUUCUAGUUCUCUAUUUAUCAUAACCAAAGUAACAGCGGAGGUUUUCUCCAAAGAUAUUUUAAUACCAAGUAGUCGAUCAUUUAUAGUCAAAGCAGCACAUUUAAAGACACUUAGAUUUUUUUAAACAUUAAGUUUGCGUGUUAUUGUUUAAGGGGAACCAAGAUUAGUUUUAUGCGUUUUAUUUGGAUUGUUCUAAAACCGUAGGUAUAUGAUAUGAUAUUCGUGUAUAACGUUAGCAAGUAUUAUAAUAAAAGACAAUUCUUACUGUAACUUUGAUAAAAAUAUUUUCACGAGCUUUCAAUAAAUUAAUUCUAUGGAAAUAUAUAUUUUUCGUACUUUUAGUGUAGACGUAGCGCGUAUCUGUCUUUUAUUUGUAUUUAUGCAAUGAUGUUUUGGUGUAAGCGGUAUGCAAUGUUUCAGUUUUAGCAUACACUAUCACGUCUUCGCUUAUUUUUUACAUUCUUUUUUCACUUUGUUCGUCUUUCACCAUACAAUAACUUUCAAGGAACUGGGCACAUUUACGAAUUUAAAACAAGGAUAGCAAUGUUUAGAACAAUGCUUUAAAUUUGGCUUUUGUUUUACCUUUAUUGUCUUUUAAAUAUGAUGGACUAUAAUAUAACUAAUCAUUUUAAUAAGUUUUGUCACAGCCAUAUAGUUUUUUUUUUCAUUUUAGUUGUUUUUAUAGAUCAAAAAUAUAACAUGACGAAUAAAAAGCUAUUCUAAAUGAAGUCUAGAUAAAAAAAGUUUGAAUUUAAAAUAGAAUCCUUAUUUAAAGUCUUAAAAUUGAAACAAUUGCUGUUACCAUACCAUAAGGAACACCAAUUUUCCUGCUUAAUGAGUUCAGACCACUCACCGUUUUUUAAAUGCACGAACAAAGUGGAUUUCCAUGUUAACUCUACUGCCGAUAGCUAUCCUGUACAUACGCUAAUGUGCCAUUAAUAUACGUUUUCCACCACACAACUAUCUGUUUUGGGAACAACUCUUGUAAUAUGUAAGAAUUUAAAUAUCUGUAUUACCGCUGGCUCGUGUAAUUAGAACUUUGAGUGCUGUUUCGUUUUGGAAGUGUAAUGCUGUUUUCAUUUAUUUGUUUUAUUACGCGGUUUAAUCGGAAUCAUCUUAAACAUGCUUGAUAGCAUUUUAGAUGAGUUAUUUAUGAUAUCCAACAUAAAUUUUGUUGGAACAACAUUGAAUGUGUUAGUAAAAAGAGGUAUACCACUGGCAUAUCACCCUAACCAAGCCUAUAAAAUGUCGUAGUCGAUUAGGCUUCGCGUAUUGUUGUAUUUUUAUAGUGUGUAAGUAUUUGUUCAUUGUAUGUAUAAUAAAGCGUUUGUGCUCGUGGGAUCGCCUCACACAGCCGUUUCUCUUGUUUUACGAGUAUAUCAAAACACGUUUUUGAACGCUUGAGCGGUUUAUUUGUUUGUAAGAAAAUUUUCAUGUGCCUUCUGAAAAUAAUGAGAAAAUAAAUAAUAUUGAUAAAAUUGUGAGCGUUUUUCCGUACGGUUUUUUGUAAUUAAUGUAAGUAGGUUUACAUUCGGAUGUCGAGUUUGCGUGGUGAUCGAGACACGUGCGGUUUUAUCCGUUACUUAUAACAUUUUGACGAUAUUUGUUAAUCAAAUGGUGUAUUAGUAGGAAUUGUUGUUCUCUAUAUCGAGGUGUUUUCUUAUCACCAGCAAACUCGAUAUAGGCACAAUUUUGCAUACGUUAUGUUGCAUUGUUUUGAACAAAACUGUUUAUUUUAAUGCCGGAUUGCCAUACAUAUGGCUGAUUAGGAAUAUUAGCAAUGUAACGCUGAACUUUACUUCACAGAUGGAAAUUACGUAAAAUAUUUCUAUGUUAUUAUCUUAGUCAAUUUAUGGAAUUAUAUAUAUUUAAUUUUGUUUUAUUACGCAGUACGUCAUAUAACGGUGUUGCCCUCUUAAUCAAGCUCAUACUUAUAAAUGAUAAUUUAUUUAAUCUAUAGUAUGGUUAAUAUAAAUACAAUGCGAAGGAUUUAUUUGGAUUUUAUAUUUGGCAUCGAAUACCUAUUGGUGCUUGUAUACCUUUUUUUGGAAAUCAUUUUUACUCUAAUAAAAUUUGCAUUUAUAAAAUAAAAUGAAAAAUAUUGCAGCAACAUUUACAUGGACUUUAUAAAAUUCGUUUUAAAAUAUAUAUUUUAAUGUCAAAAGAAUAAAAAGAUGUAAAGGUGUCUCGCAAGGGUAUAUCCAAGGGAUCAAACUGUUUCUUACUUACGUAAGUGAAAUGUUAUUAAUCUAUACGUGUAUAAAAUGUUUUAAAUAUUUAUGGGAUUUAUAAACGAUGACAUUUGUUUCUUAAUAAAAUGUUUAUCUGUGAAGUGGAGUAAGCGACUGGCACUAGCCGAUUAUUUGUUUUAUUUUUCAACGAACAAUGAAAGACAUUUUGUUAUUUUGUAUAAGUAUUUGGUAAUUAAGAUAUAUUAGCGUUUCCUUCUUUAGAUACGUGUUGUAAUGAUUCAUGUUUCCACAUAAAUUUAAUUAGAAUAAACUUCAUCAUUGAA